UAUAUGUAAUUAUAUAUGUUAAUAAUUACAGAGAACGAAAAAAAGUGGUUGGAAAAACUGGAGGAUAAGGMCCGAGCUCUGAUUGUUGAGGGUUAUUACAGAGAUGCGUUCCUUGCGAUGUUCAUGCCAAUUUUGAUGUACAAGAAAAUUACCGGMMUGGAGUACAUUUACAACGUGAUGUGGAAAAGCGAUCCGAUAACAUUCAAGAACUGGUACCAGUACGUGCAGGGCCCAUCGGUGCGGGCCGCUCUACACGUUGGUCAGCGUCGAUGGUUUAGGAUGGAAGAGGUCUUCGUUCGGAUGGAGUCCGACAUACCGGUGUCCGUGGCCCCAUGGCUCGCCACGCUUCUGGACGCCGGUCGGUAUCGUGUGCUCCUCUAUUCCGGACAGUUGGACGGGAUGGUACCGUACCAGGGUACGCUGAAUGUGGCUAAGGCGCUCCGAUGGAAGGGAGCAGAGCGGUUUGGAAACGCGAGUCGUACGGCCUGGCUGGAGCCCGAAUGYUGGCAGUGCAACACYAAUGAGUUGGCUGGUUACGCUACGACGUACGGUCCGCUUACAGUGCUUCUGGUCAGGAAUGCCGGUCACAUGGUGCCUUAUGAUCAACCGGCAUGGACCCACAGCAUGAUCGACCGGUUCACGUCCGGCAAGUCGUUUCACUGAAACGCUUCUAUGUGGCGCAUCGCUGCCCUAUGCAAUAUAUAUCAUGUCAUGACGUGCCAUUCACUUCAAUGUGAAAAUGUGAAGCGACAACAUACUGCAGCAGGUAAUAAAUAUAUUAAUGUACCUAAUGUUACAGUUUUAUUAUAAACGAUUUUAAUGAAUGAUAAGAAUGAUAACAUUGAAGAUUGUACUUGGUCGAUUUUAUGUAUAACGGAUUAAU